AUAAUUUAUACUUCCGGUACACAUGUUUUAUACCGGUACAAACUGAUGCAACAUUUGUGAAAGUAUUCCUCGGUUAUCUAGCCUUGCGAUGGUCCAUUCCUCUUAAAUUUCUCAAAAUUAGCAGUGAGAUAUACCUGAAAUGGCACAGCCUGUACCUUCCACAAAUAUAAGUUUUCCAGAUGAGGAGGAGAAGGUCCUUAAGUACUGGAAAGAAAUUGAUGCCUUCCGUACAUCAUUAAAACAGUCUAAAGGGAAACCCAGGUACACGUUUUAUGAUGGGCCACCAUUUGCUACAGGACUGCCUCAUUAUGGACAUAUCUUGGCAGGAACAAUAAAAGACGUAGUCACCCGCUGGGCCCACCAGACAGGCUACCAUGUGGAGAGAAGGUUUGGAUGGGAUUGUCAUGGUCUCCCAGUGGAGUAUGAGAUUGACAAAACAUUAGGGAUCAAAGGGCCAGAAGAUGUGGAGAAGAUGGGGAUAGCAGCUUACAAUGCAGAGUGUCGCAAAAUUGUCAUGAGAUACUCAACUGAGUGGGAGGAGAUUGUGACCCGGCUUGGACGCUGGAUUGACUUUGAGAAUGACUACAAAACAAUGUAUCCCACUUUCAUGGAGAGUAUCUGGUGGGUGUUCAAGGAGCUGUACAAUAGUGGACUAGUUUACAAAGGGUCAAAGGUCAUGCCUUUUUCUACUGCGUGUAACACUCCUUUGUCAAACUUUGAGUCGGGACAGAAUUACAAGGAUGUGGUGGAUCCAGCAGUCAUUGUGAACUUUCCCCUACUUGAUGAACCUGGAGUAGCUGUCAUUGCCUGGACGACAACGCCUUGGACAUUGCCUAGCAACUUGGCUGUGUGUGUGAAUCCAGAGAUGAUUUACGUAAAAGUCAAAGAUAAAGCCACAGGAAAGGUGUACAUAAUGAUGGAAGCUAGACUUGAAGCUUUGUUCAAGAAAGAAGAUGAAUACACAGUUUUAGAAAAAUUUCAAGGAAAGAAGCUGGAAGGCAGAAAAUAUGAACCAAUUUUUCCAUAUUUCAGAUAUAUGAGAGAGAAGACUGACGCCUUUAGAGUCUUGAUGGAUGACUAUGUAACCGCUGAGAGUGGUACAGGGGUUGUUCACCAGUCACCAUACUUUGGAGAGGACGAUUAUCGGGUGUGUUUGAGAUAUGGUGUCAUCACCCGAGACAUGAAAAUCAUAUGCCCUGUUGAUGCCUCAGGAAAGUUCACUGAAGAGGUCACAGACUUCAAAGGUCAAUAUGUCAAGGAUGCAGACAAAGCAAUUGUGAAAAACCUGAAACAGAGGGAUCGUCUCGUUCAUCAGUCCACAUUUAAGCAUAGCUACCCAUUCUGUUGGAGGUCAGAGACACCAUUGAUCUACAAGGCUGUGCCCAGCUGGUUUGUGAGAGUGGAACAAGCAACAACACAACUUCUAGAGAACAACCAAAAAAUAUACUGGGUGCCAGACUUUGUGAAGGAGAAGAGGUUUGCUAACUGGCUGCGGGAGGCGCGUGAUUGGGCGAUAUCACGUAACAGGUACUGGGGGACACCGAUCCCCCUCUGGAUCAGUGAGGAUGGGGAAGAGAUUGUGUGUGUUGGGUCUGUGGAGGAGCUGAAGAAGCUGUCUGGUGUAGAGGUCAAGGACCUUCACAGAGAAUCAGUGGAUCAUAUCACCAUUCCAUCUAAGAUGGGAAAAGGAGUUUUGAGACGCACCCUAGAGGUGUUUGACUGUUGGUUUGAGAGUGGGAGCAUGCCCUAUGCCCAAGUCCAUUACCCGUUUGAGAGGAAGAAAGAGUUUGAUGAUGCGUUUCCUGCCGACUUCAUUGCAGAAGGAAUAGACCAGACCAGGGGAUGGUUCUAUACCUUGCUUGUACUCUCCACACUUCUGUUCGGAAAGCCCCCAUUCAAGAAUCUCAUCGUCAAUGGAAUAGUGUUGGCUGAGGAUGGAAAUAAGAUGAGCAAAAGAUUGAAGAACUACCCAGAUCCAAUGCUGAUAGUCCACAAAUAUGGUGCUGAUGCACUCAGACUCUACCUGUGUAACUCCCCGGCCGUGAAGGCUGAGGGUCUGAAGUUUAAGGAGGAAGGGGUAGAAAGAGUGCUUAAGGACGUCUUCCUGCCUUGGUACAAUGCUUACAGGUUCUUCAUGCAGAACGUUGACAGAUAUCAAACAGAAGAGGGAUUAGAAUUUUUGUACAAUGAGAACAAGAUGACUAAACGAGCCAACUACAAGGACAGGUGGAUUAUGUCACUAGCUCAGUCACUCAUCAAGUUUGUCAGGGUGGAAAUGCAAGCCUAUCGCCUGUACACAGUAAUGCCUAGACUUGUCAAGUUUGUAGAUCAGCUCACCAACUGGUAUGUCAGAAUGAACAGAAAGAGGCUAAAGGGAGAGGGUGGCCAAGAUGACUGUAGGGAGGCCCUGGAAACUCUUUUCUCUGUACUGAUGACCAUGAUCAGGCUUAUGUCUCCGAUGAUUCCAUACAUAACAGAGCACAUGUUCCAGAACCUGAGGAAGCUGAUAGACCAGUCUGUGGGAAAAAAGGACAUA